UGAGUGUCGUACAGCGUACUACGGCCUAUUUAUACUUUAUAGUAGGUGUAUGCGGUGUCCUGUGAACUAUCCACAGGACUGAAUUCACGUGAAUAGCGAGAGUGGCGUGCAUUCGUGCGUAUAUUUACUACGGAGGGGAAUUCGGGGAGUGGGUGUGCCUGCCUCCCUCCGGGCGAAGUUUCCGUCGCGAUCGAAGCCACAUUGAGCGUAGUGGUUGCAGCAUUCGGGCGCAGUCCUCUCAAAAUAGAAAAAUAUCGCAAUGGAGUUAAAAGGGAAGGUUGCUUUAAUAACUGGUGCCGCGGCCGGCAUCGGGCUAGCUUAUAGCGAAGAAUUAUUAAAACAAGGAGCGAAGGUGUCACUCUGUGAUAUCGAUUCUGAAAUAGGAGAACAGGUGGCCGAUGAGCUGGGUGUUAAGUAUGGAAGGAAAAACGUGCUGUUCUGUCAAUGUGACGUCACUGACUAUCCGCAAUAUGAAGAAGCGUUUGAGAUGACAAUAAAGGUUUUCAAUCGACUCGACAUCGUUAUUAAUAACGCUGGUGUUAUGAACGAUAGAUUCUGGGAACUCGAAGUCGACGUUAAUUUGAACGGUGUUAUUCGUGGUACUCUGUUGGCGUACCGUUUCAUGGGUAAAGACCGCGGCGGCGCUGGUGGUACCAUCGUCAACACAGCCUCAACAGCCUUCGUCCGUCCCCAAGUCUCCACUCCUAUAUACACCGCCACUAAUUAUGCUGUCGUCGGCCUAACAAGGUCGUAUGGGGACCAAUACCACGUGAGCCUCACGGGCGUUCGCAGCAUAGCACUCCUGGCCGGGCUCACAGACACGGGGCUUGUUAAGGAAAUACGGAAACAACUAAUGUCUUCCGACUACGAGGCAGCGUGGCAGAGGGAUAACGCGAAUUCUAAAGCUCAAAGUCCUGAGCACGUGGGUCGAACCCUGAUCGACGUGUUGAUGAAGGCUCAGAGCGGUUCCGUGUGGGUGGUCGAGAACGGUUUGGCGGCUCGCGAAUGGCGCGGCUAAAAAUCUCCAAACAUACAUUUUAUAAUCUGCCUCAUAUCCAAAUAGUUUGUCCAAGAUAACUUACUUUAAAGCUUAAUUAAAAUUUAUUGUUUGAGAAAAAUAUUAAUGAGAACUAGAGGCUAUAACUUGGAUACUCUUUUUUCCUUAUUUUGUUAUAGCUCUAAAAAAAUUAUGUUCGGUAGUUAAAAUGUAUUUCCUCUAUUAGGCUGAGUUUACACUACAGCUGUGCUAGUCGAAGCAGUAUGUGAGUAAAGUUACCUGUCUAUGAGGUUAUUUAAGAUUUAAGUAUUAUUGUUUUUAAGGUGUCGAUUUUGUGUAAUUUUCGCUUACACACGGCCUCACUGCUUCGACAUAUCUGGUGAAGGUUUAGACAUAAAAUCUUUAAAUAUUUUAUCAACACAUUUUCCUGUAUUACAUUUAUUUAGAUAAAAUUUAAGGUGGGUUCACACGUAACUCAUGUAUGCUCAAUGAAUGUAGCGAGUAUUGAAUGCUUUAUAACAUGUACUUAUUUAAAGACGACCUUAAUUUCACUACAGUAGACUGAUAUUUGAAUACGUUUUUACCAGUUACACAGGUUAAAUACUGAUUGUGAGAAAGAUUUGACUUUUACUGAGGAGAUGUUAUCUGUCACAGUUGCGGUGUACUUGACAAUACCUUAUUAAGGAUUUGAAUACUCUAGUUGGCAGUUCUCGCCAAUAUAAACGAACAUAAUCAGUCAUUUUAACCACGACAACAAAGCUGAGAAUGUCGAAUAACCUUUAUAAUAGCAAUACGGUUGUGUAAAUAGUUUCUUCUUGUAACCCUAGUGUUAAGAGUAUAUUUUUUAAAUGUUUUAUAAACUGUAACAUGUAAGUAUUAGCUCGUAAGUCAUUUACCGCGUCUCGAGUAUUCCAUAAGGUAUUUUAAUCGCGUUCGCAUUGAAUAGUCACCGCUUCUAAGGUUACGGAUGUUAGACAUUUAUGUAUAUGAAAAUAUCAUUUGUUGUUUUGUGUGUAGCUCGGUUGGCUUUAGACGAGUUGUUUUUUUAUGUUUAAAACGUUUCUAUGUGAUGUUGAAUCAAAUACUUUAAUUAAAAUCCAAAUAAAUUUCACCAGCCGCUGAUUGGAAUAUUUCGGAAUGUAAACUAAUAGUUUGUUUUAUACGUAAGAAUUUAGUUCGACACAAUAUUUUAAUGGCAGUAAGUUGUGUUUUAAUGUAAUAUUAUAUAAGAAUGUGUAUUUGUCAUCCGUCGUUACGUUACGGUGAGCGUCGUCUAGCGUUUGUUUGUAAUCGUUUUAAGUUUUCAUAUGAGAAUUUUGUACUUUUGUUGAAACAUAAUAUUAUCGAGUCACUUUUGUACAUGCUUAAGUUUUAUUUUGCAAUAAAAACAUUAUUGACAAAAA